CUGCCGGGGUGCGGUCCCGAGAAGCGAGUUCUGGUCCCGCUCUGGCGCUUGCUGUCGCACUUGCGCGUACUCGCCACCGCUGCUACUUCUCUCCGCCGACCGGCGCGUGGGGUCCGGGGGUCCGGUCACGCGCGCAGCGGCAGAGCGCGAUGAGGCGUGUGGGGCUUCGGCUUCAUACCUUGAACAAGGGGCUACUUACUCCUGUCAGAGGACUGACUCAAGGAUUCCAGAAUCCUGAAAAACAGAGAGUCUUCCACAUUCAUGAAGUUCGAGAUAAGUUGCGGGAGAUAGUAGGAGUAUCCACAAACUGGAGAGAUCAUAUGAAAGCAAUGGAGGAAAGAAAAUUACUUAAUAGUUUUUUGGUGAAGUCACAGGACGGACUGCCACCAAGGAAAAUGAAAGACAGUUAUGUCGAAGUUCUUUUGCCUUUGGGGAGUCAGCCUGAAUUACGAGAGAAGUAUUUGACUGUUCAAAACACCGUAAGAUUUGGCAGAAUUCUUGAGGAUCUUGACAGUUUAGGAGUUCUUAUUUGCUACAUGCACACCAGAGAUCAUUCAAUUAAGAUGUCUCCUUUAUCGAUAGUUACAGCCCUGGUGGACAAAAUUGAUAUGUGUAAGAAAAACUUAAGCCCAGAACAGGACAUCAAGUUCAGUGGCCAUGUUAGCUGGGUUGGGAAGACAUCUAUGGAAGUGAAGAUGAAAAUGUUCCAGUUACAUGGCAGUGAAUUUUGUCCUGUUUUGGAAGCAACAUUUGUAAUGGUGGCUCGUGAUUCUGAAAAUAAGGGGUCGGCAUUUGUAAAUCCACUCAUCCCUGAAGGCCCUGAGGAAGAAGAGCUCUUUAGACAAGGAGAAUUGAACAAGGGGAGAAGGAUCUCCUUCAGCUCCAAGUCGUUACUGAAAAUGGCUCCCAGUGCUGAGGAGAGGAUGACCAUACAUGAGAUGUUUCUUAACACGCUGGAUCAAAAGACUAUAAGUUUUCGAAGUCGAAUUUUGCCCCCUAAUGCAGUGUGGAUGGAGGAUUCAAAACUGAAGAGCUUGGAAAUUUGCCACCCUCAGGAGAGGAACAUUUUCAAUCGGAUCUUUGGUGGUUUCCUUAUGAGGAAAGCAUAUGAGCUUGGAUGGGCUACUGCUUGUAAUUUUGGUGGUUCCCGGCCAUUUGUAGUAGCAGUGGAUGAUAUCAUGUUCCAGAGACCUGUCGAUGUUGGCUCAUUGCUGUUUCUGUCUUCCCAGGUUUGCUUUACUCAAGACAAUUACAUUCAAGUCAGAGUCCACAGUGAAGUGGCUUCUCUGCAAAAUAAAGAGCACAUGACCACCAACAUCUUUCAUUUCACGUUCAUGUCGGAGAACAACGUGCCCUUGGUUUUCCCCAGAACAUAUGGAGAGUCCAUGUUGUAUUUAGACGGGCAGCGGCAUUUUAACUCCAUGAGUGUACCGAUGGCCUUGAAAAAGGACUACCUUGUGGAACCCCAGAGAAACCCACGCUUGCUGGAGACCAGCGUUCCUCAGUGACGUAGUGCCUGAUGAAGGCCUCACCACGUGUCCUGGUGUUAGUGUUUAUACUUCUCCUCCAUAGAGAAAGAGAAUGUAUUCAGCUUUUAGGAUGGUUAGAAAAGCAGAACCAGAGAGCGGCUGGGUGGGGCAGAGGGAGAGACAGUUACUAAAUAAUAAACACUUUCAAAAUGAUUU